CCAGUAAGAGUGCUGCUGCCUCUACCAGAGACCAGGACUCCCGGGGAAGUGGUGGGGCUGGUAGGGAAAGCUGCCCCCAGUCUCCGGGCACCGGCCCAGUGGGCAUCGGGUUGUUAGGGGGCCACUAAGAAGGGGAGCCAGGCUGCCCAGCCUGUGGUUUCUUCCCUUUUCCUUCUAUCUUUCUCAGGGUUCGUCAGCUCCCCAGCCCAGUUUCCUCAAGAGCUGAUCGCCACGGAGCCUGAGUUUUCCAUCUCUACCCCCAUAGAUCCAGGCAGGACCCUUCGGUUUGCUUGGGUCGUCUCUCAGUUUUUCACUCAGCCUCACUGUUUCAGGGCUAGAGCAGUUUUCUUCGCCCUAAAAUCUCAGCCUCUCUCCCCCAGGACACAGUCCCGACCUAUCAUGGCUUGAUUUUCAAACUUUUCAACCUUAAGAUGAGAUGAAAGUGAGGCGCAUCCAGUAGAACCCAGUCUUUUGUCGGCUUGGCAGUCGGGUACGGUGGUCUCUGGUGAUGCUGUGCAGCUACGGCUCCCAGGCGGCAGUGCCAGGAGGGCUGGUACACAGCCACUCUGCUUCUCACGUCCCGUACGGCGUGUGGCAAAGUGCGUGGACUUCAGCACUUUAUUACAGAAUAGACUUGGGUUAGAUGAUCUUGCCCAACUGCGGGCUUGGCAUCCGGGUGUCAUGAGCACGCUGGAGGCUGCUCUCGGCUGGGAUCGGCUGCUUCGGUGCGUUGAAUGCACUGCAGUUUAGAGUGGGUCCAUCGGGAUGUCGUCCCAUCGUGAGCCGGGGAAGCUCUACGUAUAUCUGAAAACCGGCCCGGUCAAAAGCUGGAACAGCAUUAAUACUGUAAUGCUGGAGAUUCCACUCCCCCCACACACCUGGAAAUUGCCAUGCCUGGAGCUGUGUUUCUGAGGUUACAGGAGAGGGGAGUCCCCUCCGUAGAGUCCCCACAGCAUGGCGGGCCGCACCUUUCAGCCCCACCUCCUUACCUGAAGGUGGCCUCAAAUCCCCUCUGAAAAGGUAGGGUUCGGAUAUCAGCACAAUGACCCAUGAGACCUGCGGACAUGGGCGGGGUGGAAGGGGCACGGAGGCUUGAGAUCUGACGCCCUGAAUGAGGCGCACCCAGGGGUCUGGGAAGGACCCACCCUAGACUCCCACCUGGCGUUGGAGCAGUCCCAGGCGUGAAGUAAGAGUGUCCAUGGCCUUGGGAUUAGUCAUGGCCCCGAAGAGAAGACACAGCUCGGGUUGUGCCUGGCAGGGAGUCCGGAGUUUCUGGUUUCCCGUUCUGGAAGCCGGGGGAGGGGCCUCCCUGUAGGGGGAGGGCGGGAAUCUGGGGCAGGGCCCCAGGCAGCUAUGCAGGCUGUGCAAGCAGAGGCAGCGCAACAGAGGAGGAUCCCAGCAGCCUCCUGGACUCGGGAGAGCAGACACCAGCACUGACCACCUGCUUCCACUCUCCCGCCCCAAACCCCGCAACUGCCACCUGCCGCUCUGAGGCAUCUGCUGCUCCUGCCCCCCCAGGAUGGAGCCACUGCUAGGAGCGAAAAUUGGCUGCCUGUUGGCCUUGCUGCUCCUCACCCUGGGCUGCGGCCUUAUUCCCAUCUGCUUCAAGUGGUUCCACACUGAUGCAGCUACAGGCCGUCACCGCCGGGCCCUCAGCCUCCUGGGCUGCGCCUCCGCGGGGGUCUUCCUGGGAGCGGGGCUCAUGCACAUGACCGCCGAAGCCCUGGAGGGAAUCGAGUCUGAGAUCCAGGGGCUCAUGAUGCAGGACGGAAAGGGUGGGCAACGCCUCUGAGGAUUCCGACUCCGCUCAGAUGGGGUACCCCUACGGAGAGCUCCUCAUCUCCCUGGGCUUCUUCUUGGUCUUCCUCUUGGAGUCGCUGGCGUUGCAGUGCUGUCCUGGGGCCGCUGGAGGAACCACGGUGCAGGAGGAGGAGUGGGGUGGCAC